UAUUUAAUCUCUCGCUUCUUCAUGGAGUAAAUUAAUGUCAAAGAUCAUCUCGGCUCUGAAAGCUUCGUUCAGUCCGAGGCCGAUGCUCCUGUGCGGUACGCUGAGGCGGACUCUGCUGCUGUUUCCUAACAGUCAUUUGCCGCGGAGAUCUCAGACUGGCAGGAUGGCCUCAUCACAUCCUCUGGCAGCAGUUUGUCAGAUGACCUCAACCCCAGACAAAGAAGCCAAUUUCACCGCAUGCAAACGUUUAGUCGAGCAGUCCAAAGAUGGUGGGGCAAGCAUGGUCUUCCUACCUGAGGGUUUCGAUUACAUCGGCUCAAAUCGAGAGGAGACACUACAGUUGUCUGAAAGUCUACAGGGUGACCUCAUCACCAGAUAUACACAGCUAGCCAAGAAGCUGAAUGUCUGGCUUUCUCUGGGAGGUUUUCAUGAAAGAGGGCAUGACUGGGAGAACGACAGACGAAUCUACAACAGCCAUGUCAUCAUCAAUGGACAAGGUGAGGUUGUCUCAGUGUACAGGAAAGGUCACCUGUUUGAUGUCGAGUUGACGGGGAAAGGCGUGUCUCUAAAAGAGAGUGCUUUCACCAUUCCUGGACCAAGUUUAGUGCCCCCUGUUCAAACACCUGUUGGAAAGGUAGGACUGGGUAUCUGUUAUGACCUGCGCUUUCCAGAGCUGUCAUUGGCUCUCCAGAGACAGGGGGCAGAGAUCCUGACAUAUCCAUCAGCAUUUACUGUGGCAACAGGAGUUGCCCACUGGGAGGUGCUCUUGCGAGCCAGAGCCAUUGAAACCCAGUGCUUUGUUCUGGCUGCUGCCCAAGUAGGAGCACACCAUGCGAAACGAUCAUCAUACGGACAUGCAGUAGCUGUGGAUCCAUGGGGCGUGGUCAUGGGGGACUGUGGGGGGACAGAUGUUGGUGUGGCUAUGGUGGAGAUUGACCUGCUGAGACUACAGGACAUCAGAAAGGAUAUGCCAGUCCAACAGCACAGGAGGGAGAGAGAGUACUACUCUGCUCUGGACUGAAAUGCUUAUCUGUCUUAAGUCAAGGAUGUCAGUAACUGGUAGAAAUGGCAGUGUCAGGACCAGAGCAUAUUAGAUUUGAACUGAAAUAUCUUUCGUUUUUCAGAUCAGUAACUGACACGUGGUGACACAAAAUUUGGGGAAUCUGUUAGGUUUGGUUAAAAACCUAGCUUGGUAUUUUUUUUUAUAUGCUGUUUUUGUGCUCUUACCUGCAAGCAUUUGCCUUUAUGGCUGUUGCAGCUUCAUCACUGCUCUUGAUGUAGAAUACUCAUAUGAAAAUGAGCUUCACAGUGCAACGUGAGGCUGUUUCCCCUACAAACACACAUUGUCAUAUCCUAAACAUGCCUCUUUAUUUCCUGUCAGAUGGACGUAACAAAAAUUGUGUAUAAAAUUGAAAAAAGUAAGAAUAAAAACUGUCUGUGUUUAUUUUUCAGUAAUGAAAGUAAUGAAAAAGCAAUGUUUCAGACUGCGUUUUGAAUGAGGCACAAUACAGGGCAGCCAGUCAGAUUACAGUGCACUUACACAAGGCAGAGUAGCAAAAAGAGCCUGUUUAAUUCUAAGAGAUGAAAAGAGGUUAGAGAAUGGACAUGUAAAAAUGAAUUAUGGCUGGUUGUGGUACAUAAAAUCAUACAGAAGAAAAGGAAAAAUAAAUACUAGAAAAAUCUAAGAUAUGGGCUCUUAUGUACAAAUGUAUUGAGACAUGUCUUCCAAUUAGUGAAUUUGUCUAAAUAAAGGUGGGUCAAGCGUU